CAGACUUAACAACAUCAACGCUGGUAUGUCCGCUCUCUCCUCUCUAUCUCCUCUAUCUGCUCACAAUCUAACAACCCUCUAGUCUACCAGGUCGGAUACUGUGCCUUCCAGAUCCCCUCCAACAUGCUCAUCACCCGUCUUCCCUCCCAGUACUACCUUCCCACCGCUGAAAUUAUCUGGGGUCUCUUCACCCUCGGAACCGCCUUCGUCAAGACCUACGAGUCUCUCCUUGCCCUCCGUUUCUUCGUCGGUCUUGGUGCCACCGCCUGCUACGUCGGAUGCCUCCACAUCGUCAACUGCUGGUACAAGAAGGAGGAGCUCGGCCGCCGCAACGCCAUCUACUACUCUGCCAUGCCCCUCGGCACCAUGGUCGCCGGUUACCUCCAGGCCGGUCUCCUCGAGCACCUCGACGGCGCCAGCGGCCUCAAGGGAUGGCAAUGGCUCUUUGUCAUCUGCGCCAUCAUCACCAUCCCCAUCGCCGGAUUCGGCUACGUCUUCUUCCCCGACGUUCCCGAGAAGACCACCUCGCGCUGGUUCUCCGAGCGCGAGCGCCAGCUUGCUUUUGACCGUCUCCAGGCCGACGGCUUCGAGAAGUCCAAGGGUCUCGACUGGAAGCUCAUCAAGCGUGUCUUUGGCUCGUGGCAGUUCUGGACCUUCAUCUGGAUGGGCAACCUCUUCUGGCUCGCUCCCUACGGAUCUUCCACCCCCUUCUUGCUCUGGCUCGACGAUCUCCUCAACCCCGACGGUUCCCGCAAGUACUCCGACGCUGAUGUCAACAACCUUUCCACCGUCACCUCCGCGGUCUCUAUCGGUUCCGCGCUGAUCACCGCCGUCUACUCUGACUGGAGACGUUCGCGAUGGGAUAUGAUGCUUCUCGCCGGUAUGCUCAUGCUUGUCGGAAACGUGCUCCUCCUCGUCUGGGACCUGAGCGAAUCCACUCUCUUCGCCGCCUUCAUGCUCCUCGGUAUCUCCAACGGUCCCGGUAACCUCGUCGUCGUCUGGGCAGCCGAAACAUUCGCCCACGACCUCGAAGCCCGCGCCAUCACCCUCGCCUCCAUCAACGCCACAAACUGCAUGCUCUACCUCGUCAUCCCUCUUGGCGCUUGGCAGACCGUCUCGGCGCCCCGCUACAAGGCCGGCUACAUCCUCUCCGUCGUCUUCUCCGUCGUCCAGCUCAUCCUCAUCCCCGUCGCCGUCUACUUCCAGCGCCGCGACGAGCGCCGCAUGGCAGCCAUGCCCUCGCUCUCCAACCCCGAGGACAUCGCGGGCUUCGAGCUCGAGUACGACGCCAAGGGACCGGUCGUCACCGAAGGUGUCGAGGUCGACAACUUGUCCUCGAGCGAUGGCUCCGACAAGGAGUACAUUGCGGGCGAGGCCGAGAAGAAGGCCGUCGCUGUCUAAUCCUUUUGUUUGCUGUAACCGAUUUAAUUUGUAAUGUCUUUUCGCUUCUAGAGUCUUUUUUGUAACUUUUUUUGGGAGUUUUCUUUCUUCAAUGUACACAAUUGCACAAUGCAUUUCUCUUCUCAUUAUAAUCUAUAUACUCAUUAUAAUCUAUGAAUGCCC